AUUGCAUCCACCACGCAUUGGCACAAACCCUGGAACGACGCGCGUGGGUCGCUCGCUCUAGGCCAAGCGAGGAGCCCACCACAGGUCCUGAAAGGGUCCGCUUUCGACGCGACUCCCGCCCAGUUGAAAGCGUGUCACGUGCACCCUGACGACGUGUGCGCUUGGCCACACGGACAGCGCUUGAAUCUCUCCCGUCGACGGCGGCACACGUAGUGCAUGGAACGAGUGCCUCCUUCCAAACGACGAAAAGGUUUUGGACGAGAUUCGAAUUGUCACACGUGUCAAAUGCCCCUACCGCCAAACGCAUGACCGCGGGAACCGACCCACUACGCGGUCGAGGGUUUCACACAAGGGACGCCUGAGUAAAGUACAGCGUGCGGAAGCGCAACCGAGUGAUGCGAUGGGGCUGUCGGUGGGCGUCAUGCUGGAAAUUGCCUUGCGUUAUCCUAGCAACGUACGCCGUUGGGUCGUACGGUGGCACGUUGGUGCUUUACAAUCCCGCGCGCAACUCGCCACCUCGGGAACGCCGUCCAAAACGCCCCGCACCGUGUGCCUGUCUUCCCAUCAACGCCUUGUGGUCGCGCAGCAAGCAGCACGACACCGCCACUCGUCGACGGAUGUGAAAACUACAUCCCAUUGCCUGUCAUGUGGUUGCUGUAACUCACCGCAGGACGGCCGUGGGCGACGACUGUCCUCUGCACGUGCCAAUGUUGCACGCUCCAUCGACACUAGCAGGCGAGGCAGCACCGAACUGGCAGAUAUCGUCGGGGCUGCAAGUGAGACUCGUACCAUGCGGUAGCUCGUCCCGCCGACCCAUCGCUGGAGCUCGUCGCAGCCACACGUUUCCUCGACGCGGGCCGAAGGUGGAUGCUGGGUCGGUUCCGCAAUUCAACCUGGCCGUUUGUAAUUGUAAAAACGAGCACCUGUGAA